UCUCUCUCUUGCGUUUUCCUCUCUCUUGCGUUCUCCUCUGCUCUCUCUGAGUGCUCUGUUUCUCUCUCUAAAAUGUCUCCGAAAUGGGUCUUGGCUCUCGCGCUCCUGGCCUCCAUUAUGGUGCCCGCCUUUGCUCGUAUUCCAGGCGUUUACUCAGGCAGCGAUUGGGAAUCAGCUCAUGCCACAUUCUACGGUGGAAGUGACGCGUCAGGAACAAUGGGUGGGGCUUGCGGGUAUGGAAACCUUUACAGUCAAGGCUAUGGCGUGGAAACUGCGGCUUUGAGCACAGCUCUGUUCAAUAGUGGUCUCAGCUGUGGAGCUUGCUUCGAGAUCAAGUGCGCAAGCGAUCCAAAGUGGUGCCACUCAGGAAGUCCCUCCAUCUUCAUCACUGCAACUAACUUCUGUCCACCGAACUAUGCUCUUCCCAGCGACAAUGGGGGUUGGUGCAACCCUCCUCGCCCGCAUUUCGAUUUGGCCAUGCCCAUGUUCUUGAAGAUUGCAGAGUACAGGGCCGGCAUUGUGCCCGUCUCUUACAGAAGGGUGUCGUGCCGCAAGCCUGGGGGAAUCAGGUUCACCAUCAAUGGGUUCCGGUACUUCAACCUGGUGCUCAUCUCGAAUGUGGCCGGGGCUGGGGACAUUGUCAAGGUUUGGGUGAAGGGCUCUCGCACCGGGUGGAUGAGCAUGUCCCGGAACUGGGGCCAGAACUGGCAGUCCAACUCCAUCCUCGUGGGCCAGGCUCUCUCCUUCCGGGUCACCAGCAGCGACCGCCGUACCUCCACUUCCUGGAAUGUCGUCCCCGCCAAUUGGCAGUUCGGCCAAACCUUCACCGGCAAAAACUUCAGGAUCUAAUCCCCACCCAAAAUGAAAUCUUAGAGAUACAUAGAAUUUCGAAUUACCUCUACCCGCGUUUUUCAUUUAUUCCCUUUUUUAUCUUUAUCUUUUACUCUACUUUUUGUCCUUAGACGCGUAUUUGGUCGGUUUCUCUUUUUCUGUUUCUUUACUGUUUGUUUUUCCUAGAGAGAGAGGGUUUUUAGUGUGAAAGAGAGUGUUUUUAGAGAGAGAAAGAGGGGGAAUGAUGGGAUUUUAGGGAGAGAGAAAAGUCUUCCACCCAUUGUGUUGCUUUCUUUGACUGUGUUGUCAAGUGCUGAAAGUGGUUGCACAACAGGCAGCCCGCAGCUAUGAUAUUUCUUUCUUUUAUAGAUGGAAGAAAACCAUAUGAUAUAUGAUACAUAUAGUUUCUAUGCUUUCUAAUUAAAUAGAAUCAUAGAUAUGCAAUAUAUAAUAUUUGUUAUAGUUAUGUUGCUAAUUUGGGGUAUGGUGCCUCUUUGUAUCCGGUGGCCGGAAUUCGGUUGUGUUUGUAAAAGCUUUGCUGGAAUCCGGUUUUGUGUGGUAAAUUGUGUAUUUACUGCGAUGUUGACUAUUUAUAUAUGAUGAAUGAAGUGAACUUAUAAUUGUUAAA